AUGAUAAUGGCGAUGAAAAAUCUGCAGAGCAAUCUUGAAAAUGACACACAUGUGGCCACGAGAUGCCGGGACGAAGACCUUGAGGCCGGCAUGCACAUGAGGGGAAACUUCAAGGAAAUGUUGACAUAUGAUAAACCUGUGUAUGUGUGUGUGUGAGUUGACUAUAUAGGGGGUGGGCUGCCCCUCUGUGACCCCACACAAGCAUACACACAGUGAAUGACACACCUCCUUUCUCGUUAUGCUGCUGAUGUCUUUUUAUUUUUAGCACAGAUCGAGUUUCCAGUCGGCGAUUCAGCAGCCAGAGGUGCUCAGCAACACAACUCCCGGUAUCCUGGAGCUCUGUCUGUGCCGGGGCUGCAUGUGUAACACAGACCUCAGAUCUUCAUACUGGAGUGCUGAUCGCAGGAGGAGGGGACACACAGACAGUGAGGAGACUGGAGAUGGUGAACGUAUGGAGAAUUUAAAAUUGCUAAGUCAUUGUGAUGCUCUGCCAUCGACUUGA